CUGUCCAAACCAUUCAGCUCGCCAAUGAUGAUCCCGAGGGGGUUCACCUCCCCUUGAAAUUAUUUCACAUCCAUUAUGCCUAAGAUUUCGCAAGUCACAAAGCAGCCGUAUGCAGGUGACUUCAUAAAGAAUCGCCCAUUGUUCAGCCUGCCAUUCUCUAGCAACUCGCUCGACAAUGGCCCAAGGUCAAGGAACGAGUCAUGACCAACUCAGCCAGAACCCUGCUCUCCACCCGCCUCGCAUACGCCUGACAGGCCGAUCCAUCAUCAUUGAACCCUUGAGUGCUGCCCACGCGGAAGAUUUAUUCUCGUGUGUCGGUGGACUCGAGAACGCUUCACUCUGGACAUACAUGCCGGCUGGGCCUUUUGAGUCCAAAGCUUCGCUCGAGACUUACAUAAAUUCCAUCAUAUCCUCCGAGGAUUCGGUAUUCUCAGCGCUCAUUGACCCCGCCAGCCAACGGGCGGUUGGAUACUUGGGCCUGCUGCGCAUCGACCUCAAAAAUCGCAUCGUGGAAAUCGGCAGCAUCAUGCUCUCGCCUACACUGCAGCGCAGCACGGCAGCGACAGAAGCCUACUAUUUGAUAGCGAAAAUGGUCUUUGAAGACCUUGGGUUCCGGCGCUAUGAAUGGAAAUGUAAUAAUCUUAACACUCCCUCAAAGAAUGCCGCUAUUCGGCUCGGGUUUACAUUUGAAGGAAUUUUCCGCCAGCAUAUGAUUGUCAAAGGGUUGAAUCGAGACAGUGCAUGGUUCUCAGUCAUUGACUCUGAGUGGCCGUCAAUCAAAAAUGCGUUCGAGAAGUGGUUGGAUCCUACAAAUUUCGACGCAGAUGGAAACCAGCGCAGAAGCCUGGCAUCAUUUCGGUGAUCGUCGGUGUUCUGAAGGGGGUGCGGAGUUCCAUUGGUAUGAAUUGGUGUCAUGCAUGAGCUAUAUACCAUCUCUACCUACUUAUACCAAGCUUGAGAGUGGCAGUUUCAUUAAAUAUCGACUCUCAAUCGCUUUGCAAAUAGCGGAAAUGGGAAAUCGGAUCCCACUCAGCGGUUUCAAGGGGACUUCUUGAAAGCCUACAAAUAAUUUUAAAGCAACCCGAAUAUCUGAUCUAUAUACUAUAAGACCUUCCGUCAAAACAGAUCCACAAUCCAUAGGGUGGUCCCUAAAUCCCAAAAGGCCCUCUGUUGUUUCUAAGAAUUUUGCUCCAAGAUGCCACAUAUUGUUAACGCUAUUGACACUCCGAAA